CCGAUGCCGAGAUUCAGGCGUUCUUCGUGGGCAUAGACAGUCUGUGUAGGAAAUACUCCCAGGAAACCUCCCAGAUUUCAGAGUUUCAAGAGAAACACAGGAGGAGAUUGCUAGCCUUCUACAGGAGAAAGAUUUCUAAGCUGGAAGAAUCCCUCAGGAAGCUGGUGCUACAGAUAGAACAGCUGCAGAGUGUGAGAUCUUCACAGCAAACAGCCUUCGGCACAGUUAGGACGUCAGUGCCCCCCGCUCCAGCCCGGCCCAGGGGGUGCCUGCUGCUGCCCACGGGCUCAUCGGCCCCUGACAGGGUGGAGUCCAUGGAGGUUGACCUUACCCCUUCUCCAGUGAGAAGACCUCAGCCCGAGGUGGCAGCCGGCCCCACGCGGAUGUCUCUGAUUAGCCCACCUCAAGAUGGGCGCAUGGGCAGCGUCUCCUACCGGGGCCUUCAGCAUCUUGGCCUGACACCACAUCAGACACACCUGUCGAAGGCAUUCAGGAUCCCACCGUUGCAGAUCCCCCACAAGGGACCCACACAGACCCCAGCAGCCCAGGCAGCGGGCAGAGCAACGAGAGGAGGCUCCCCUGGCCUCGGUGGCUCCCAGGCGGCAGCGCCCAGGCCGCCCAUCAGCAUCUCCGGCCUGCUGCAUAGGCCGUGCCCAGGCAAGUGUCCAAGGCCCGGCGUGCGUCCAGUGUCUAUACUCGUCUAAGCUAACGGACUCCCCCCAGCGUAUGCUUUUAAUUUGGCGUUUGUGUUCUCACCGUCCUCCCAGUGUGAAAUUCUGGAGCCUUCUGGAAGACAGAACUAACACCCCCACGCUUCCCGCAGGGUCUGCUCACCACAGGGGAGUCACACAGAGAAGAUGAGCCCCAGCAGGUGUACCCUGGAUGGUUUCUUCCUCCAGGUGCCACUAAGUCAUGUGACCGCAUAGUUACUUCUCGGGUUACCUGGGGCAGCACAAACGUGAUAUGCUUGAAACUGCUCUUCUUACUGCCUUACAAUGAGUGCCCACACGUGGCCGGCGCUGUGGCCUGCAGCACCUGCAUCCCAGUGGGCGCCGGUUCGAGUCCCGGCUGCUCCUCUUCCAAUCCAGCUCUCUGCUGUGGCCUGGGAAAGCGGUAGAAGCUCCUGGCUUUGGCCUGGCCCUGCACUGGUCAUUGUGGCCAUCUGGGGAGUGAACCAGCAGGUGGAAGAUUCUGUCUCCUGCUCUCUCUCUGUAACUCUGCCUUUCAAAUGAAUAAGUAAAUCUUUUUAAAAAAUGAGUGCCAAA